CAAAGGGCAAACAGGGGCGAGCAGCCAGGCCGGGCGGAAAGGAGUGCCUGUUGCCUCCGGUGGACGCGUUGCUGAACCGAGCCCUCCCGGGGUGGGUGGAUGGAGGUUGCUCGGCUCUGACACCGCCUGGUAACUGUGAUGGCAACCAACGAAGACCAGACGAUGGAGCUUGAAGCUCUGCGCUCCAUUUAUGAAGGAGAUGAAUGUUUUAAAGAACUCAGUCCAACAUCUUUUCAGUAUCGGAUAGGUAACCUUGGCGACCCUAAAGCCUUCCUGCUAGAAAUUUCAUGGCCUGAAAUGUAUCCAGAAAUGGCCCCAAACAUAUCAUUGAAUGCCUUCUUCAAUAAUAGCAUUUCUACAUCAGUGAAGCAAAAUAUAAUAGCCAAACUGCAGGAGCAGAUUGAAGUAAAUCUUGGGACAGCCAUGAUGUACACACUGUUUGAAUGGGCUAAAGAGAAUCAAGAGCAACUCAUGGAAAACCACCGACCAGUAGUCAAUACAGUCACCACGUCAACGGAUGAAAAUUCUGUAACUACAAAUAUUUCUGUGGCUAAGAAAAAAGAGAAAAAAGAACACUUGUCAAAGUCGCAAAAGAAAAAGUUGGCUGAUAAAACAGAUAACCGAGGGGAACUGCCACGAGGAUGGAAUUGGGUGGAUGUCAUUAAGGUAUAGCAUUGACUUUUUGUUAAGAAUUUCAGCAUUAUAGAGACUACACAUCUGACUAUAGGAUGAAAGGGAAGCAAUCAACA